AUGAAAGACAUUUUAUAAUCCUAAAAUUCAUCAAUCCCUCUUUAGGGUUUAUUUUGCUACCCUUAUGGAAUAUAUGUGUACCCUGUUCCUCCACCUUACAUUUAAGCUUGUUAACUGUUUUAGGAAGCUGGAGAACAAAUAAUAAAGCAAGAAGUUAAAGAAGAGUACGAAUCGGAAUCAAUUUAGGAAGUUAGGAAGAAAAAGAUUGUUAAGUUCAGUCCUUAUAUAUAUCCUGGUGAAACAAAAAACUAUUAUAAGAAUAUAGGGAAGAAAUUAUCAUCAUUCAUUAUUAAUAGACCCAUUUAUAAUCUAAUUUGUAAAAAUCCAAAGCCAAAAUUACAACCGGAUGCAUUUUUAGAAAUUAUUCAAAUCAAAGCUGGCUAGGAGGAUUGCUAGAAAAUUUUUUGGAAAUUUUUUGUGGUGUUCCAGAUUCAUUCAACAAAAUAAAACUGAUAUUGAUUUAUACUUAAGACAUAAUUAACUUAUGUAUCAAAGAAAGAAAAAAUGUUAAAGCUCAUGCCGAAAAAUGAUUAAUAAAUAAAAUUAAUGAAUUUAUAAAGUGCAUAUUAUUAAACAAUUGCAAUAUGUAAUA